AUGUCCUCUUUUUUCUCUCCAUUCCGAAAAUUCUUUCUUCAAAACGCAUCAUCCACAACAAGAUCCAAUCUCAAGAAGAUCAUUACUGUUGUUCCGGAAAAACGGAGAGUUGUAUUAUGGACCGGAAGUGCUCUCGCUUUAGCUUGUACAGGCUUGUAUUAUUUUGGAAUGAAUGAAAAUCCAUUAAAGUCUUCUUCAGUGAUGAUGACUGAUUUAUGGAAAAACACAAGAAAAUCUCAAGUGGAUGAUGAAUCGCAUUGGAUUGGCAUUACCACUCAAUUACAUGCCGAAGAUUUGUAUCAACUCUAUUUUGGAGAUGUUCAAUCGGAGGAGGAUUUGGAAUUGAUUAAAGUUCAAAUUAUUAAUCGACACGGAGCACGAACACCCAUCAAUGCCAUACCGAGUUUUAUUGAUAGUAAGCCAUGGGAGUGUUUACCAUAUGAUUCCAAAGUGAUUGUGAAUGGCAAUUCCAAUGAUCAUGCUCAUUUUAGAGCUGUCAUGGAAUCUGAUGAUGGUUUGGAGUUGUACGGUAAUUGCAUGAAAGGUCAACUCACAGCCAAAGGAUCAAUGCAAAUGGUUAAAGUUGGUAAAUCUUUGGGAGAUCAGUAUUUGAAAAAAUUGUUUGGCCGAUACGAUGAAAUUGAUGAAAUUGUCAAGCUAAUAUAUGUUCGAUCGAGUGAUAUUCGAAGUAGAAGAACAGAAUAUUCUGCCAUGUAUUUAUUGUUGGGUCUUUUAGGAGAGAAUGUGAAAGAAUAUCCAACCAUUCACAUGUUUGAAGAAUCGAGAGAGACAUUGUAUGGCCACUUUAAAGUUUGUGCCAAGUUAGGAUCCAUCAUUUCGAAACGACUUAAAACAUUGGCUGAGGAAACUGAAAAAGACCCAAGACUCCUUGAAAUUAGAGACAAAUUGCUUGAUUUGUUGGAAGCGAAUGCAGCUCAGCCACAACCCGCUCAACCUCAAACACAAGAAAUUCAUGACAAGGGUUUAAUUGAGGCAAAACGGGUCAGCACAGCCAAAGAUUUACAACAAUGGGAGUCCAUCAAUAAUGCCUUCCUAGGCAUGCUUUUCCAUGGGCAUGAGUUACCAAAAGGUAUUACUGCUCAAGAUGUCGAGUACGUUUCAAAACAUGUUGGAAAAAGCGGUUCCUAUUUAUUCUCGCCACAAGAGAAUGUUCUCACCAUGAAUAUUGGUAUGCUUUUAAAGCAUUUGGUGGCAAGCAUGCAACACAGUGGCAAUAAGCAUCUACAAAAAGAUUUGGAUCGGAAAAAAAUGGAAAUUUAUCUUGCUCACGACACCACCAUCAUUCCAAUUUUACUUGCCUUGAAUAUGUAUAAUGACGAGUGGCCACCUUUUGCAGCCACAUUAGCUUUUGAACUCUAUGCAACCAAGAAAAACCCUUCGAAACAGUUUGUGAAAAUUGUUUACAAUCAGCAAACACUGUUCUUGAAACCAGAGCAUCAAGAACAGUUUGUACAAGACUCAAAGACUGGAUUAAUUCCACUUGACAAGUUUAUUGAAAUGACCAAACCUUAUCGUAUUUCCCGUCAAGAAUGGACUGAAAUGUGCAAAUUAGAUCGACCAAGAAAUUAA